UGUGUGUGUGUGUGUGCGUGCGCGUGUGUGUGCGUGUGGGUGUCAAGAGGCAGACAGCAAAACGUGUUCGACCUUUCAAAAUAAGCACGUCAGCCAUGUUUCACGUACAAAGUCAUGAUGUCUGUGAAGGGGCCAGUUGGUGGCUUCCGACGGGCUCUCCUGACUGCCGCUGCAGUUUCGAGCAGCGUCACAACAAUGCACCAAACGGACUCGGCGUCAGCAUCUUCCAACGGUGCUCAUUUCAUGUCCUGCUUAGUUUGGUUUUGUUCUGAAUACUUUUGAAGCCUUUUUGUGAUCCUUCUCACCGGUGUCGGUGUGAGCUGAAGUUAUCCAUGAAAAGGGAUCCCUCUCUGGCCCCGUUUGAAUCCUCCAAGUUGAUUUGCAAGAAGAAAAAAGAAAAAGAAAAAACAACAACCAAUCAGAACCUGUCAGCAUGGCGGCAGCCGAGGCUUCAAUUGUUGCAACCAAAAACAUUUGAGUAAGGCUGCGUUACGAAUGUGGACUUUUUCAUUUCAGGGCUAACAAAGCAACAGGUAGAUGAGUGACACCUCUCAGUCUCUGAGUGGUGGUUUUUCUUUCGCCGUGGUGGUUUUCGUGCAAAUGUUAAUAGAGGCACAAGAUGGCGCCAGAGAGGGCUGAUUGCUUUCUUUCUUUCUUGUCACAGUGUUCCAGAAAAUGGUUGGAUUCAAGUGUGAAGGUGGUACUAAUAGUUGUAAUAAACGUGACAAAAAGUACUUUUUAAAUAUCAGACAAUGUGCUUUGAAUUGAGUGGUGGGAUGUGCUCCUGCUCUUCUUUUUCUUUUUCAAAAUCUUAAAGACCCAGUCAAGUCAUUUUUUAUCUAGCCUGCGACUGACUGGCGACCAAUCGAGGGCGCAGUCCGCCUUUUGGCCGAAGCCAGCUGGGAAAGGCUCCAGCUUUCCCGUGACCCUCGUGAGAACAAGCGGCUUUUAUAACGGACGGCUGGACGCCGGCCCGUCAUCCAUCCCGUCGCUUGAUUCACGUUUGAUGGGAAUUAAUGGACAGUCGGUUUGACCGAUCGCGGGUGUUUCUGACGUGUCGUUCUCACAAACUGGCCUCCGAUUUCUCGUGUGUCCUUUGCAUUCUUCACGCGAGUCGCGGCGAUGCGCCUGUUUUACAGUCUCUUUCAAAUGUUAUCGGAGCUGCGGCCCAGUCGUCUUUGCUGCCUGCUGGUGGAGUAAACGGGAACUUCUCGCUGGCUCUCGCGUUCGACAAGAAAAAUGAGCAGCAAAGAGGACGUGCUGAGCGGUCACCUGAGGGAGCGCCUCGCGCAGCUGCUCCGCGACAUCGUGGGCGUGGUGGAGGACGCGGUGAGCCAGUUCCGGGAGGAAACGCUCCGGACGCGGCUGGAGAACCAGAGCCUCAGGCGGCAGCUCGGCGACUUCCUCCGGGCGCCUGACAAGCCUCAGGCCCGGCCGCGGCCUCCCGACCAGCAACUUUUUGCUUUGGACCGCCAGCCAGUCUGCGUCCCCGACGGCGUCGAAGCGCCCCCGGCCAGCGCGACCGAGCGAGCCGCCCCCCCCGGCCCGGACGACGGGCUUUCCGAGGCGCUUCUCGCUCUUCCGGUCCCGGGGCUCAAAGAGGAGCCGCAGGCCCCGCCCCCUCGUGUCAUCAAACGCGAGCGGGAGGAGUCGAAGGUCACGCCUGGCAAAAACUGCGCGGCCGACGUGCGCAUCUCGAAGGGCGGGGCCGACGUCUGCGCGACGGCGCCCCGGGAAACGGAACGAAACGGCCAUUUCGGAGGGGGGGCGGCGGCGGCGGGCGCCAUCGUGUACGAGUGUCCCCGCUGCGACGAGAUCUUCGCUCAGGCCGCCCGGCUGCGCCUCCACCUGGAGCAGAAACCCAAGAGCUACGCGUGCAACUGGUGCUACCUGGGGAAAGUAGGGAAAAGGGAAGCUUUUGGAUGGAAAAAUAUCUGGGAUAACAGCUCUAUUUUCUAAAGGUGCUAGCAAGCAUAGAGUAAACCUGGGCUAUGGACCCAAUAAUUAUUCUGAUUGGUUCGGAAAAUGAUGUGAUGUACAUGAUCUCCUGAUAAUGUACACCCUUUGAACGUCUCAAGUAGUUCCUGUCAAAACCGAAAAUUGUUCCAGAUGAAUGCGCGGCGACCUCAGCAGCUCGACGUUGCGAGCUAACCUGGCAAUCGGACCCGGUCGGGUUUUCUGCCAAGGAAACCUAAAGUACUCUGAGGACACAAUGGAGCAGGCACGGGGAGAACAUGCAAAUAACACACAAGCGGGACCGGGACCUGAAACGGUCUAACCGGCCGGAUCUUGGAACUAUUUCUGCAAAUCGCUUGGAGAAUGGCUUCAUUCUUUGAAGCGUCAUCUGGACACGUGUGUCACUACAGGCAGCUGUAUCGAUGUGCGACCCAUCUGACAUCUGUUUUGGCUCCUGGGCAGCACCAUGUACGCCCC